AUGAGUGGCUUUCUCGACGAUUAUUCGGAAUCCUUGGAACAAUUUGAGUCGUUUCGUGCCGACGACCAAGAUGUACAUCAACAUAUAACCAGCGGUGAACAUGACCCUGUAGAUGGAGAUUCCAAUGUUGCGGAUGCCGAACAGGAUGAUCUCCUUGGUCUUGAUACCCAAAUUAAGUUGACUAAGAGAAAACCAACUGCUCGUGUAGAUAACAACAGAAUAUUCAGUCAAAAAGGGUUAGGGUACCUUUUGAAGAAUCACCAUAAACUUCUGAAAACGAUACAAAGAAAUGACAAGCAGUUUGAGGAGAAAUCCAAGAACGGUCGCGUUCACAGAGCACAGAAAUUUCAACAUGAAUACGAUAACUUGUCCUCUGUAUUGCAGUUCUACCAAUUGUGGUGCCACGGCAUGUUUCCUAAAGCCAACUUCAAAGACUGUGUGCAUUUGUUGCGAUUGUUGGGAGCUAAGUCCCCCAGAUUAAGACUAUACAGAAGAGAAUUGAUAGAACAGGAGAUCAUUAAGUUGAAGGAGGCUAGUGGCAUAAUUGUUGAACAAGAAGAACGAGAAAAUACACUUCAAGCAGGGAAUAUAAUUGUUGAUGCUGAGAAUCAAGAAACAGAAGAUAUUAUUGAAGCAUCAAACAUUAAUAACGUUGUAUCCACUGAAACGUCAGGUGAAACAAAUGGUUUAUUUGUUGGCGAUAAUGAUGACGAUGACUUGUAUCACACCCCUCCUCCUCCAGAAACAGUUUCCCCAAAUAUAGCAGUACUGUCUAUUGUGGUUUCUAAACCAGACUUGGCUGAUAUCACUGGUGUUUCGGAUACUGAUACCACCAUAGUUGACAAAUCUGAAGUUAACAUUCAACCUAUAGCAAUACCAGUGUUAACUCAAGUAUCUGAUCUUACAAAUACUACCAACAAUGAAUCUGACCAUGACGCUUUCUCUGAUGACGAUGAUUUCUAUGCUCUGCUUAAUGAAACAUUCGUUCAUCAAGAACGACCACCUCAAGAGUCCGACUACGAUGCCGAAGAGGAAGUAAUGAAAGAAAUGGGGCUAUGA